UACGCAGACAUCAUCAUCAUACGAUUGCCGUCAUACAACACACGGCUUGUUCUUGUUGGUGUAGGCCCGGUAGUGGUCCUAAAUAACAACAUCCCCACGCAGUGUAUCAGCACUUGACCCGUUACUUACCUAAUAGAGACAGAGAGCAGCAGUGUGCAAGUACUUAGUCAUCACGUUGGAAAAAAAAUAGAAUUAAAGAAAAGUGCCUUUCCACAAGAUAAAGAUAAACCAUUCGCAAAAGUGUCCGAUAGAACUCUAGAUAAAUAUCCGAAAUAAAAAAGUAAAAGCCUACUACUUUUCCUUCCAAAAAAUAAGAUGCCAUCCGAAAACGAAACAUAUCUUGGACUAGAUCUAAGCACCCAAAAGCUCAAAGCCGUCUUGCUGAACACAAAGCUAGAGAAUGUAGCCCACGCCGAGGUGAAAUUCGACUCGGACCUGCCGGAGUUCCGUACCAGUGGCGGAGUAAACGCUGGAACUGCCAAAAACGAAUUCUUCGUCCAACCGGUGAUGUGGGUCAAGGCCCUGGACAUGGUGCUGGAUCGGCUGGUUGUCCAGGGAGGCGACUUGAGCACAGUGAUGGCCGUCAGUGGAUCUGCCCAGCAGCACGGAUCGCUCUAUUGGUCCCGCAAUGGAGUACAUACGUUGCAGAACCUAGACGCAGACAAGUUUCUGCACACCCAGAUCGACGAUUCGGCCUUUACCGUGCACCGGACGCCGAUCUGGAUGGACAACACCACCGGGAAGCAGUGCGAGGAGAUGGAAGAAGCCGUCGGUGGUCGGGAAAAGAUGGUACAGAUCACCGGGUCCAAGUGCUAUGAACGCUUCACCGGGCCCCAGAUUAGGAAGGUCUACGAAAAGCGACCGGAUUGCUACAGAAAUACGGAGAGGAUUUCCCUGGUCAGUAGCUUCCUGGCAUCGAUUUUCCUGGGCGAUGUGGCACCGAUCGAUCUGGCCGAUGGAUCCGGAAUGAAUCUGCUGGACAUUCGGAAACGAACCUGGUCCGAUGUUUGCCUGACGGCUUGUGCUCCUAACUUGGAAGCGAAAUUGGCAAGUCCAGUGCCGACCAGCUCGGUCAUCGGAACGAUCGGACAAUUUUUUGUCCAGAGAUACAAUUUCAAUACCGCUUGCAAGGUGGUCGCAUUUACCGGCGAUAAUCUAUCCGCCUUGGCUGGGAUGGUGAUCGGCGAAGACUGGCUAGCGCUAUCGCUGGGAACCAGCGAUACCAUCAUGAUGAAUCUGAACGAGCCUUCAAAUCUGACCGAAGGUCACGUGCUAGUGCAUCCAACCGACGGUGGAUUUAUGGGCUUGCUGUGCUUCCGCAACGGUUCCCUAGUCCGGGAUAUCUUCAAACGUGCUGAAGCGAAUGACAACUGGGAAAAUUUUAGCGAACUGCUUGACUCGAUGCCACGCGGGAAUUUCGGCAACAUCGCUCUGCACUUCAUCAGUCAGGAGAUUCUACCGUCAGUCAAAGGCUCGCUCCGUUGGAACAAAUCAUCCACCUUGGACGAACCGGAGCUGGCCAAGGGGGUGCUGAAGUUCAGUUCACCGCAAGCCGAAAUUCGUGCCCUGGUCGAAGGGCAGAUGCUAUCCAGAAAGGCAUUUGCAUCCGAAAUGGGCUUCAGUUUCGGAGAGAACACCCGUAUCCUGGCCACGGGUGGAGCUUCCGCUAACAAAUCAAUCCUCCAGGUCGUUUCCGAUGUGUUCAACGCCCCGGUGUACACUCAGCAGACCACGGAAGCCGCCCUGGUAGGAGCUGCCUAUCGGGCCAAAUAUGUCCUGGAGGCGUCCCGCGCCAAAGACGUCGGCAAAGGACUAGAAUCGUACUUCAGAUAUAUAAGGGAUCUUCUGCCGGAACAUAGCGUCAGCAGGAUUUGUGAUCCCGCUCAGGACAGUAGUGACAUCUACGAUCGGACGUUGGAGCGCUACCAUCAAAUGGUCAAGUACAUGAUGGAUCAUCAAGAUUAACAAGCCAGAGGGAGAGAGAUUAGACGACAUUCCACGAAAAAAACAUUCCAGCUUUUGUAAUACCAAUUCGAAUACGGGCUUUCUUUCCUUCACAACGAACAAGACUUACGAGCUUGGCGCAAUACGCUAAUAGUAGUAGUAGUUUAUUACUUUGUUAUAGAUAUUACGUUGGAUUUUUAUAUGUAUAGAACGAUAAUAAAAUGUUACAUUUUGCUACUGCA